ACACACGGUGUGGAGUCUGUGGACCCAUUUUAUCCACUGAUGAUCGUUGCAUUAAAACAAUUACGGUUGGCAUGGUGUAUAAUAUUAAAAGGAUGUUUAAAAUGUCAGAUACAGAUGUGGUUUUACUGUAUUUUCACAAAAUCUGACAAAUUCAGGAGUAUCAAGUUUUGAAUGAGAAUGUCAUUUCUUUAUUUCGCGUUCGGAAGUAACCUGCUACGACAGCGGCUUCGUCUUAAUAAUCCAAGCGCAACAUUUGUGAGUACUGCCAGACUAGAGGGUUACCGACUGGCGUUUAGCAACAUGGGACUCGACCCCCGGACAAUGCGAUGGCGCGGUGGCGCCGCAACCAUAGUGGACGCUCCGGGGCACGCCGUGUGGGGCUGUGUAUGGCGUCUGGACAACGAGCACAGGGAGUCACUGGACAGACAGGAAUCUGUGUACAAUGCAAUAGAGGUGCCCGUUACCGCCCCAGAUAACACCGUGUACACGUGUUUGACGUACCAGCUGCCGAAGGACCUUCUUUCUCCCCGGGGCUUCGACCCCCGUCCGUCUCCAAUGUACCUUGACGUCAUUGUGCGAGGGGCAGUACAAAACCACCUCCCCGGCUCCUAUAUCGACCAGCUUAACGCGGUACAACAUAACGGCCUGCAUGAAGAUAUUGAUUUGUACACACACCUGCUCCGAAUGCUUAAUGACGAUUUAUAACCAUGCAGUCUUAAGUCUGAACUACAUGAAUUUUAAAUUAAAUAGUAUGUAUGCAUAUCAAAUAUAAGUUAUGUUUAUAUUUUAUGCUUCUUAGGUAUAUAGAUCUUAUUGAUGGAAUGUGCAGUUUAAAAGAACCAUUUUUCAAGCCUUCAUUCUUUCCCACUUAUUGCACUUUGUUAAUUUUCCUGAAACAUUUGUGUCAGGUGCAUAUCUACAUAUUUAAAUGUGGUAUCAACUUGAAAAUUCAUACUUUGGAAGCUCGCAUUGUUGUGCAAAUCAAUCGUAACUUUUUCUUUGACUAUUGCACCGUUGCAGCUCUUUGUUAAAUUCAUACUGAACUUUUGUAUAGGACUUCCUUCUUUCUGACAGAUAAAUGAUAUUCUCCAUCCUGUCCAUUCUAAUUAUCAUAAAGCUAACUAGACAAUCCCUCUGUAAAAAGCGGUAUACGUGGGAGUAUUUUAGAAACUUAUUAUUCAGUGACUAUUUUGUUUUUUGAUAAAUGUGUUUAUUUUAUGCUUUCCGGUGGUGUAUAGAGAAAUAUCAGUGAAAUAAAACUGAUAUUUCACUGUUUAAAACAGUGACAUAUAACAGUGAAAAAUAACGAUAUUUUUCAGUUUUUUACUGUGAAAUAACGUCAUUUUUUCGACGAAAUGACGUCAUAAAUCCAGCGAAAUUAUCCUGAUAAACUCUUUUACAAUGUAAAUAAACGGUGAAAAUAGCAUAAAAUAAAAAGAAAAUUUGUUGGAAUCGAUGGAAUAUCGAUUUUAAUUCACUCGUGAUCAUAAAAAGUACAUAUUUUCACUUGUGGCGCAUUCCAUCGAAUCCAACAAAUAUCCUCUUAUUAUCCCAUCUGUGAGUAAGUUUCAAUCCAAUCAUCCAAUUCAUGCUGAUUAUCGAGUUUUAUCCUUUUUUUUUUAAAUAAUCGACCGUUUUGUAGAAUAUCAAUGCAAAAAGCUGAAGAACUCUCCUCUCGCGCGAGGUUUAUUAUUGUUCUCUGUUAUCGGAGUGCCAUCUUUUAUCAAAGUAUCCGCAUACCCGGCGUGUCAUACGAAACAAUGACUUACGCUCAUGUGUGUUAGCUGGAGUAUAUUGUCGAAUUGCUUAUGUAAAACGUAUCAAUGUUACACGAGGCGAAUCAUGCAAAGUUUGAUAAUUAAGUCGUAGUAACGACAUAAGUCGUGGGAAAGUAAGACGCGUUAUUGUGAUCAUUACCACCAUCACCAUAACCAUCAUCACCAACUUCAACAAACGCACUAUCACCAUCACCACCACUAUCAAUCACAAUUAUCACCACCACCACUAUCACAAGGACCAUCUCCACCAAUACUACCAUCACCAUAGCCAUCAUCACCGCCAUCAACAAACUCACUAUCACCACCAUCACCACCACUAUCAUCAUCAUAACCACCAAUAUCAUUACCACCAUAACCACCAUAAUCUCCAUCAACACAAUCAUCGCCACCAUCAACAAAUUCACUAUCACCACCAUCACUAUCAUCACCAACACUAUCACCACCACCAUAAUCUCCAUCAAUACCAUGAUCGCCACCAACACCACCAUCAACACCAUCAUUACCAACACCACCAUCAUCAUCGCCAUCACCACCACUAUAAAAUCACAAGCACCACCACCACAGGCACCACCACCAACAGCACCACCAACAACACUAUCACAGUUGUCACCACCAUCACUAACCCAACUUCCAUCACCACCACCAUCACCGAUACCACCACUUCAAUGACCAUCACCACCGUAUCUCCAUCAACACCACCUUCAACAUCACCAUCACAACAAGCUCCAUCACCACCACCAUCACCUCCACAAGCACAAUCAUCAACACCACCAUCAUCACCACCAUCAAUUGCAUCAUCAUCCCCACCACCAACACCACCAUCACAACCAUUUCCAUCACCAUCACAAUAGCCACCAACACCACCAUAAAAACCAUCAUUUCCAUCACCAUCAUCGUCGUCAUCGCCCACACCACCACCAUCACCACCACUAUUCCAAUCACCACCAUCACACCAAAAACUUCCAUCACCAUCACCACAAACACCAUCACAAUCACCACCAUCACCAACUAUAUCUCCAUUAACACCACCAAUACCAUCACUAUCACCACCACCACCAGAGCCAACCCAACAUUCAGUAACAACAUGACAAAUUACCGCCACCAUCACUACCAUUACUAUUUCCACCACCACCAUAACUACCACCAUCACCACCAUAAUCACAAGCACCACCACCAACACCACCAUUACCCCUAACCACUUCCAUCACCACCACCAUCGCCCCCUUUACUUAAACCAUCACUAUUAUCAAUAACUCUAUAACCAUCAUCAUCACCACCACCAUAAUCAUCACCAUCUUCCCCAUCAUCACCACCAUCACCACAAUCAAAACUGCCAUCACAAUUAUCACCAUAACCACCGCCAUCACCUUCACCACCAACAUCACCACCUUCAUCACAAUCACUACCACCAUCACCACCACCACCACCGUCAUCACAAACACCAUCAUAAGCAUCACAACUACCACACCACCAUCAAUAGAGCUGUAAAAAUUGAUCCAACAUUCGAUUCGAUUCGAUACCAAAUGGUCCGAUUCGAUUAUUUUCGAUUAGAUUCAAAUAAAACUAUUGACUGCUUAUUUUGCAAACUAUUUCAUGUUUGGUUUGUCCAGGGCAUGAACUAAUAUGUUUGGUAUUUGUUAUUAACGUAUUAUGUUGUACAUAUAAAGUGUUUAAUUUUUAAAGUAAAAUAAAAAACGCAACAUGA